AGCAGUAGUAGUCACCUCUCCUCUUGGCAGCUCACAGCACUACAUACAGCAUGUGGGACCGUAAACGACCUUCUCAUAGCAUGGGCACCUGCCAUCAUCUCAACUUCCUCCUUCUCUUCACAUGCCUGGUCAGAGUGAAAGCGGAUGUCAGCGUCGACAACGUCCACGUCUCAUUCGAACCCAGUCACAGCGUGGGCAGGGCCACACAAGUCACGGUCAUAUGCCACGCAGACAUCAGCAGAGGUCAAUCUUUCCCCGAGGUGGAGUUCAGCAUCGUCAAGGACAACCAGGUUGUGAUGAACACGACAAAUGAGGACUCAUGGGAAUACCCCAUUGCAUCAGCCAGAGUGUCAGAUAUCGGGACCUACAAGUGUCUCUGGUCUACCCUGGGAAAGAAGGGCUCAAGCGAUGGGGGGGAACUGAAAGUGACAGGAAUGGCGAAGCCUACCCUGCAUUUAGAUAAGCGGUCCAUUCAAGAGGGAGACGAAGUGAAGGCCAUGUGCAGUGCCAGAGGAGAGAGCGGGGAGUUCGUAUUCUUCUUCUUCCUGGACAACAAACAGGUCCACAAAGACCAAGCAAAGUCGUCCAGUUACGACGCGACGCUUCAGCUCAAAAAGAGUGGCACAAACAAGCUCACCUGCCGGUACAAUGUCAGACUGCUGAGCGAAGACGUGAAAUCUAACGAGAGUGAAGCCAUCAUUGUUGUCGUCAGAGAGAUAAACGUCCAAGUUUCUCUGAACAUCACCCCGUCCAAGACCGUCUUCGAGGUGGACGCCUUCAGAGUGUCGUGCGAGGUGUCCCCUCAGAUGUUCGACGUCACCUUGAUGAAGGGUGGCACCAUUCUCAGCAGCAGACCCAACAGGACGGAGCACCGGAGCACGGGAGCCGUGACCGGCGACGCCGGGGAGUACAUGUGCAAAGUGGAGGUCAACGGCGUCUCCAAGAUCGCCAAGGAAACGCUGACCGUUAAAGAACUCUUCUCUGCACCCACGCUGACCAGCGAGCCCAAAGAACCAUUUCAGGGAGAUUGGGUCCAACUGAUCUGCCUAAGUACAAAUAUAUCGGUCGAGAGAACAAGGGAGGUGAGGUACUCCAUAUUUAGGAAUGGCAACCCACUACCAAUGGGCAACCAGCCUGACCGCUUGGGUGUGCGAGCGGGCCCUGACACGGAUGGCAACUACACCUGUUCAGCAGAGGCCAAGUCCCUCUCCAAGAAAAGCCCAGUGAUCGUCUUCAAAUCUAAAGUGCUUGCCUCCAAGCCUCAGAUCAGCGUGAAGGGCACGGUCAUCCUGGGACACAACUUCCAGAUCAAGUGCAACUCCAGCGGCACGCUGCCCAUCAACUACACGCUGUACCGGGCCAACGCGUCGCUGGGCACCCAGAGCGUGGCACGGGCGGGGCAGGAGGCCCUCUUCACCACCGCCAUCAGUAGCAGGGAGCACAUCGGCAGCUUCUGGUGCCGCGCGCAGAACAGCGGAGCCAGGAAACACAUCGACGGCAGCCGACUCAACGCUUUUGUUGUAGAGCCGCUGAGCAAGCCCCUGCUGACCACGUUACCCGUGCCAGAGGACGUGGAGGAGGGCAAGGAGCUGAUCUUGAUCUGCAACGUGCAAAGCGGCUCGCCGCCCAUCACCUUCAAGUGGUUCUUCGCCGGCGGCGCCUCCUCCGGUGGCGGUGGCAGGCCGCACCUCCACACCGGCACGGUGGACACCAACUUCAGCAACCACACCAUCCAGUGGCUGGAGAUGAAGGACAGCGGGGAAUACUAUUGCGAGGCCUCCAACCCCGCCAACAAGGCCACCAGCGAGCGCAUCGCCAUCAGAGUGAGGCUGGCCACGUGGAAGAAAGGCCUGAUCGUCAUCGUCUGCCUUCUGGUGGUGGCAGCUCUGGUCGUCGCCGUCAUCGUCCGCUACAAGGCCAAGAGAGGUAAAAGAGAGGAGACAACUGAAUUGUCAGUAAAGCCUGCGAGCCCUAAAUCAGAUGACUCAAUCGCAGUGAAUAUGGUGGCGCACGAGACUGCGUUUUUAAACAAAGACGGAGUAUCACUCUCAACCCCGAUGGAGAGGACCGCAUCCAGUUGGACAUAAAAUAACGUGGCUCCACCACCAUCUGACUCAUGGUUAUCACAGGAGAAACUGCAGGCUCUCCAUGAGUAGUGCACUGUAGUGUAGAGCCCCAUGCCUUGAUACUCUGACUCUAUAGAGAGACACUUUGAGGAGAACCCAAUGGCUUGACUUGAGGAGAAGCCAGUAGUCCCCCAAUGCACAAACAAGAAUUUUCCAAGCCAAGGAAGGAUGGUCUAUGAUCACAGGAGCAUAGAUGUUAAUACAUUUAAUAGAUUUCCUCACUUAUCACAGUUUGAUUUUUUUUUUAACCCCCCAGUCACCCUUGAAGUGUAUUUAUAUUGUCUCACGCAGAAAAACUGCAAGUUAUUUAUUUUUCCGCCCUAAAACAGAUUGAAGUUGUUGAUCAUAUAGUCCUCUUAAAUCUCUAGUCUGAAAGGUUGGAUGGUAUUAGAGAAGUGCCAGUGCUCUUCUCGUUUUUUCCUGAACGCCCUGUUUUCAUGUCUUUCUUUACUCACAAAAGCCUAAAUGUUAUUUAUUAAUGUGUUCAUCAGUAGAUGCAUUGUGGAAGUUCCCUCCUUUUGUUUGUGGCCUCAUGAUGCGAGGCAAGACGAUAUUGAUGAUCGUUUUAUUCAAUAUCUUGUAAAAUCGCAAUUUAAAGGUCACUUUUUUAUUGGGGAAAAGUCCCCCAAACGCUGUUGUGACAGCGGGGGAAACUGUCCACUAUCUAUGGAGGGAGUGCAUCAGCGAGGUCACAAGCAAAAGGACGGGAGGUCAUAUAAUGAGUUGGACCCGUGGUGUCGGAUAGCCAUCCCAUCCUUUCCAUUUGUCUGUCUUUUAUGUCCUGUGUCAAAUGUCAUGUCAUGUCAUGUUCCAUGUGUUAAUAGGCUCAUUCAUGUCUCCUUUAGUAGCAGACGACAACCACAGCUGAUGCCCACAAAUUAAUUAAUAAUUGUUCAUUUAUGUACAAGCAAUGCAUUAUGCUUCUUAGAUACGUAAGAAUACUUAGAAACAUAACAAAAAUUACUGAAUCCAUACAAUAGUGGCAUUAGCUUUAGGCAUUAUGUCGCAUCACUCUUACAUCUGCUACUAAAAAAAAUGUUAAUGACCCAAUAAGUGUGUGCCUGCUUUCAUUGCAUGUGUUUUUUUGCUCCAAACUACUUGAUGGCUUUACCAUUUAUUUUAUGUGAUUGCUGUGUAUUUAAAGUCAAAUGUUUUUGCACUGAUCACUGUAGAUACAAUUACAAGAAGGGGUAUAUAAUUUUGCAUUUUUAUAAGUUUGGAUUUUUCUGAAGCACUUAUAGCAUUAAAUGGUUGAUGUUUAUUUUGGAAAUGUGUCUGUCUGCUUAAUUCUUUUACGUUACAAAUGAGCAAAAAGAGGAGAAAUCCAUGUUCCUAGCCUCUGAAAAAAGAACAUUACCAUGCACUUUGCCCAUAUUGAA